AAAUCCCGCAAAUUUGUGUCAAUUUAUGCAGCCAGCCAUUUGCGCCAUUAAAAAUAACGCACACACAAUAUUUCGGAAUCGAUUUGUCAAUAAAAUUGGAGAGCACUGGCCAAGCACAUUUCAGUGACCGCCGAUCGUUGCAACCGGGCUGGCCCACCAGUCGUAUGAGUAAUUCUUGAAGUGCAACACAGGAAUCGCGUCCGAGUCGCUGUGCUGUCGCUAAGAAGUCGCGCGCGGCUCUCGGUGGUUGAAAGUGUCAGUGCUAUCAUUGGAAGAUAAUUGAUGACUUUAUAGGUUCAACUAUUGUGAAGUUCAUAAAUAAAUCAAAGAGUAAAUAUUUUUAUUCAAAAUGUCUAUGGACCCUUCGGUUUCCCUUGAGGAUCUGGAGCGACGUCGCCGUCGUGCCAGUACCGCCCGGAAGCAGUCACAAACCCCUCAGCCUCCAGCUCACCUGGCGGACUCGGAGGCCAUGGCCGUGAUCAAUGAGAUCUUUAAUCCCACGUUGAAGUUGCCGGAGUCCAGUGGCCACUACACCCUACCGGAGGAAAUGAGUGCCAACGAUCAGGUGUCGCCACAGGAGCUGGACAUUGCCAAGUUGGCCGAGUUGAAGGAAGUCUUCUCCCUGUUCGACACGGAUUGCGAUGGUCUGAUCUCAAAGGAGGAUCUCCGGUUCACGUACACCGCUUUGGGCAACGAACCGAACGAGCAGCUCCUGGAACAGAUGAUGCAGGAGGCGAACGAGCCUCUGGACUACGAGGCCUUUGUCCGGCUGAUGUGCAGACGCACUCAGGAGCUGGAUCCCGAGGACGUACUUCUUGAGGCCUGGAGCAAGUGGGACGAUCACGGCACGGGCAAGAUCGAUGAACGCAAGAUCUACGAAGAGCUGACCAACUACGGCGACAAAAUGACCCUCAGCGAGGCCAAGGAGGCUCUCAGUCAUGCUCCGAUGGCCAAGCCCAAGUCUCUGGAGGAACCGCCCAUGAUCGACUAUCCUGCUUUUUGUCGGAUGCUGGGAGGAAUGCGGAAACGGAAAGGAGAAUAACAUGGAAUGAUUUAUUAUUAUAAAGAGAUUAUGAAAAAUAUUAUCCCAAUUUUAAGAGGCUCCCAUGGAAGGAAUAUAAAUUUUACCACAUUUUUAAAAUUGUCUAAAAUUUAGGAAUUCUACAGAAAAAACCAAAAUUCUAAAUGAUUUUCUAAAAAAAACAGCUUUUUUCUUCCUUUUUUUUUGUAUAAACGUAUUUUAUUCACUUAUAGAUUCUUUCAUUAUAAUUUUUCACUUUAAAACUCUUUAUAUUAUUUUAUUUAAACUAAACUAUUUUCGAUCAUUCAUUUUAGAAUCCCUCAUUCGUCAUAUAUUUCAACCUCUAUCCUUUCUUUAUACAGAUUACAGAUAAAGAUCCUUUCCUAUAUAUCCUAUAGCAGCUGUUUCCAUUUGUGACAAUCGUAUUUUGUCGUAACGCCAACUUUUGUUCGACUUUUUAUCAAAAUAAAUCGUGAAGAACCAACA